UGGGAGUGCGAGUGGGAACGGGAGAGAGAUAGAGAGCGAGAGAGGAAUGUCAUGAAAAGAGAGCACAAAGAAAGCAAUGCAAACAAAUUGUUGGGGAACUGUAAAGCGUCUUCACGGUGUCGUCUACAACUAUGCUGGUAACUGAAGAUUCCAGCCUCGAUCAGUUGCAGACGGUCAGUCGUGCGAGACAGUUGUGUGCGCGGCGGUGUGAAAAUUGCCAACAUCGAAGCUCGACAACAACAACAACAACAACCACAAUCACAAUCAGAAACCAAAAACUCCCCCAGCGAGAAACAGAGACGAACCAAUAAUGAAAUUCGUGAUUUUGCUGUGCGUACUGAGUGCGCUGCUGCUGCAGAUUGAGGCCUCGCCGGUGCAGCUGCAUUCGAGGAGCGAGCGGGCGGUGUCCCGUCAGCAGACGGCCAACAACGAGGUGGCUCCAGCCGCGGCGCCGUCCAGCGACGAUGAUGAUGACGAUGAUGAGGAUGACGACGAUGAUGAGCCGGAUCUGGGAGAUUUGGUUGAUGAUGAUGAUGAUGACGACGACGAGGAGGACGACGAUGAUGAGGAAGAGGACGACACGCCCCAGGGCCAGGCAGCCCCGGCAGCCGGCGCCAGUGACGAUGACGACGAGGAGGACGACGACGAUGAUGACUACCUAGAUAGGCUCUUCGAUGAUAUCUUGGGCGAUGAUGACGACGAGGACGACGAUGACGAGGUGGUGCCCGCUGCCAGUGCGCAGCAGCAGAGCCCCGUGGCCGCCGCGCCCGCUCAGCCCCUCGAGGAAGUUGCGCCCGCCGCCUCCGCCAGCUCGCUGAGCUCGGGCAUCUCGGACGGCGUCGACCUGCCCGCGGAGAGUGGCAACGCUGCCGAGCCCGUUGCAGCUGGCAACGCCGUUGAGGACGUGGCCGCAGCUGCAGCGCCCGCCCAGACACAGACGAGCAAUAGCAACAACGAAGGUGCGCUGACAGGUGACGACGAGGAGGCUGACGACGACGAUGAUGAAGAUGACGAUGAUGAUAUUAUUGGCGACGACGUCAUCGAGGCCAGACGCGAAGCACGUGAUCUGAAAAACAACGUGAUUGACAUGUCCACGGAUGCAUUCCAAGCGCGCCAUAAUCACUUCAUUGAUGCCAUAUUCUCUCGCAUAAACCGCAUUGUCGCCGACAAUUAUGAUCCAUUCGUUGUCCGACUGGCUGGGCGCUCGGCCACGGCCACGCCCACGUAUGGAAACACUGUUGUGAAGAGCACAACGAAGACCAAGGGAACUACAAGCCACAAGACAACAUCGCACAAGAAACUUAAGAAUACCAGAUCGGAGCCGCGCAUGGCCAGUAGCACGGAGUCAGUCAAAUUGCAGCAGCAAUUGACGCAAUUACAGACAGAGCUUGGCCUCAAAGUCGGCGAGCAGCGAACGGGGGAGGAGCAGCAGACGCAACAGGCCGUGGCAUCCGGCUCUGGCAAAGCGGAAACGCGCACAGUGUUCAAUGGGGAGCAGGCGGCGAGCAAGGUCAGCCCAAAGAAAUCCUCGGUUGGGCAGCAGACGACGCAUAAGCACAGCCCGAAGAAGACGGGACUGAAGGCGGGCAGCGGCAGUUACAAUCAACCGGCGGGCGUGGGGGCCAGCAAAGCGGGCUCGGAAGUGGAGAAGCUGCAAAAGGCGGAGGGCAGUCUGUCCGGCCUGGCAUCGCUGAAACGUGUGGGCAAUGUGAAGGUGAUCAGCGAUGCGGAAGGACGCAAUUCGACCAUUAAGGCCAGAUUCACGCUGGGCCCAUUGACUCUGCGCGUCGAGAAGUCGUUCAAGCGGGGCAGCGUGCGCAACGUGAAGAGCGCAACAGCCAGAACCAACGAGAUGAUCGGCCGCAUUAAGUUCAGUGUGCUGGAUGAUCGGGCCACCCUGAUGUCAAUCAAGGUGCAGCAGCCCAAACAGGUCGAGGUGGAGAGCAAGGACAAUCACGACAGAACCCGCGAAUUCGUCUGGCGCCGCACACCCAAAAUCGCCAAAUUGGUCAACGAGAAGCUCAAAUUGGCAGCCGAGUCCCUCUUCACGCCGCAGGGCGUUGAGGUCGUCAGACUCUAAGGACCAGGCGGACGGACAGUUGCCUCCUUUUGCACAGCCAGAUUAAUUUAGUCUAACCUAACCUAAGUGUAACGCGUAAUUUAUUUAUCUAAUU